AAAAAAAAAAAAAUAAAAUAAAAAAUAUGCUGGACAACGAAAAGAAAUCGGAUUUUGAUGUUGUAGUGAAGCAAGAGGAAUUAGAAAAUAAAGAUAUUGAAAGAUCAAUUGGACAAAAUAGCGACUCAAGUUAUAUUCCUCCUACACCUGAAGAACUUCGGGCAGUUAUCUGGAAAUUAGAUCUUCGAAUUAUUCCAUUUCUUGGUCUAUUGUAUCUGUGUUCUUUCUUGGAUCGAGUCAAUAUUGGUAAUGCUAAAUUAGCAGGAAUAACAGACGACCUUCAAAUUAGUGCAAGUGAUUAUAAUGUCGCUCUGUCUAUCUUCUUUAUUGGUUAUAUUAUUUUUGAAGUUCCUUCUAACAUUAUUUUAAAGAAAAUUGGUCCAAGUAAAUGGAUUCCUAUCGUUAUGAUUUCAUGGGGAACAGUUAUGGCAGCGAUGGCAGCAUGUCAUAAUACAGCAGGCCUUUUAGCUUCUCGGUUCUUUUUAGGUAUUACUGAAGCAGGUCUUUUCCCGGGUGUCAUCUUUUAUCUAACUUUGUGGUACAAAAGAAGAGAACAAGCAUCUCGAGUCGCUUUCUUUUUCUCAUGCUCUACACUAGCAGGUGCUUUUGGUGGUGUCUUGGCAUAUGGUAUUAUGCAAAUGGAUGGUAUUCGCGGACUUCAUGGUUGGCAAUGGAUUUUUAUUAUUGAAGCUAUUCCUACUCUUCUUCUUUCUAUCGUGUCUUACUUUUUCCUACCUGAUUUUCCAGAGAAUUCCAAAUUCAUCAAUGAACGUGAACGUGAAGUGGUAGUCCAUCGCUUAAAGGAAGAUGCUGGACCAUCGACAGAAACUCAUUUCUCUUGGACUCAACUUCGUGCUGCUUUUACAGAUUAUCGUGUUUAUGUCCAUUCUCUUAUUUAUGUUUGUGGUUCAACACCACUUUAUAGUCUAAGUUUAUUCUUACCUAGUAUCAUUCAAGGCAUGGGUUUCAACGACCUUCGUGCUCAAGCUAUGUCAGCGCCGCCUUAUGCUAUAGCCUGUUUUAUUACUAUCUUGGUUGCUAUACAUGCAGAUAAACAUGGUGAACGUGGUUGGCAUAUUGCUAUUCCAGCAGCAGUAGGUGCUAUUGGGUAUGGUCUCCUUUAUGGUCUUCGUCAUCAUGGAGCAGUAGCUAUGUAUAUUGCAGCAUGUAUUACAGUUACAGGAGUUUUUUCACAUAUUCCAGCCAUGUUAAGUUGGUUUGGUAACAAUAUUGGUGGACAUACAAAGCGUGGAGUAGCAUCAGCUAUUAUUAUUAGCUUAGGUAAUGUUGGCGGAGCAAUCGGAGGACAAAUUUAUAGAAUAGAUGACGCGCCUUUGUAUGGUCGAGCUAAUUUAAUUGCAAUGGGACUUAUGUGCUGCGUAGUUCUAUUUUCUUUACUAUUUAAAUGGUCUUUGAAUAGAGAAAACAAGAGAAGAGAUGAACUUACAGAAGAAGAAUAUAAUUAUGAAGCCUCUAAAUUUGAACCUUGUGAUAGACAUCCUGGUUUUAGAUACAUGUCUUAAUAAGAACACUAUAUAUGUAUAUAUAUAUCUUAUUAUACAUCUUACAUUUAACAGUUAUAUACAAUCAUAUUAUAUAUAUUAAUCAUCAUAGUGGGGAACAUGUAUAUUAUAGAAUAAAAGCAUGUUGAAUGUUAUUGUAUAAUCACUAUGUUAAAUGAUGUCAUACCCUAUUUAUAAAUAUCAUAUCUUUUUUUUUAAAGGAGUAAAAA